AUUUCCAAUCAAGUGCCCGCAGAUAUGGUAUCCAUAUAAAUGCAAACUCCCCGCUCGGAUCCCUCUAUCUCUCUCUCUGACUCUCAAUGUGCAGCGCCUGUGAGCAGAUGGGAACCGACUGCGGCAUCCACGGAACGUCUUGCUCCGGCGCCAGUGAGCAGAUGGGAACCGACUGCGGCAACCACGGAACGUCUAUCUCCGUCACCAUGAAGGUCACAUUGGCCGUCACGAUCACCUUCAGCAUCACCAUCGGCCUCCCCGCCAGUGGCGUCGUGGCCUAUCGCCUCCUCCGCCCGACCAAACCCUGCUUCUACAUCCAGAACGCCACCAUCUACCAGUUCAACCUCUCCUCCACCCCAGACGGCCUCCUCUCCUCCGUCAUGCAUGUCUCCGUCUCCUCCCUCAACCCCAACGGCCACGUCGGCCUCUACUACGACAGGCUCGGCGCCCACGCCGCCUACAUGGACCAGCGGAUCACUCUCCCCUCCGCCAUUUCCCCCGGUUUCCAGGGGCACAAGGACGUCACCGUCUGGUCGCUCUACCUCUACGGAGCCACCGUGCCGGUAUCGCCGCAGCUUGUGGAGGCCUUGCUGCAGGAACAGGCGGCCGGGUACCUGAAGCUUCACGUGCAGUUCCAGGGCAAGGUGCGGUGGAAGUUGGCGGGGUGGAUCUCCGGGCACUACCAUCUGGGCGUCAGCUGCCCCGUCUCGUUUGCUCUCCAAAACAUGGGAGAAGGUGAAGGUGCCGGCACCGGCGUCACCGAUCCAGCGGCGUUCCGCUUCCAAAGCAUCUCUCAAUGCGGCGUUCACGUUUGAAGCUUUGUCGACGUAGAUCGUGGUGUGGGGUCGUUCGGUGUGUGCUUUGUUGUCGUGUCUCCUGACCCGUUGGAUCAUGUCCGUCGCUUCUAUCUCCCUUUUUCAUUGGAAGAGUGUCCGUUCGGUGUGUGCUUUGUUGUCGUGUCUCCUGACCCGUUGGAUCAUGUCCGUCGCUUCUAUCUCCCUUUUUCAUUGGAAGAGUGUCAUGGGUCCAAUCUGUGGGUCCCAUCACUCGUCUGCAAUCACAAGCAAGUAACUAGAGGAACGAACAACGAUAAGCGUUCCUUCCAUUAAAUAAAAGCACAACUUCCAAGUCAA